AACUUCCCCGUGCCGAGUCACUGGAUAUCACUGCCCUCCUCGGGUUGCACCCUGUUUUCCCGAGAGACAGAAAAACAUAACCACCGGACGGAUUGUCUCGCAUCUGCUCCUCCCCCCAGAUGGAAAAUGAUGCGCAAUCCAUGGAAAAAUGCCCAAAGAGAAAAUUGAAACAUAUAUCGCAUCAUUGUUUUGCCAGUCGGGGUGGGAAUGAACUUGACUCGGUUGGAAAGAGGGUGACUCCUGGACAAAAGGAGAGCGCUUAAAGGAGCAGUCCUUAGUUGGUCGAGGAUCUCUCAGCUGGAUACAGCGGACGGCUCUUUUUUUCUUCACUUCGCCGGAGAGUGACUGUUUUGUGUGUGAGUUUGCUUGUGAAUCUCAACAAUUUCUCGAUAACCUGCUGACCCUUAAAAAGUCCGAGACUAUUUUAUGUGAAUUGUGGGAUGCAGUGUCUCUAAUUCUCCCAUGAAAAUCAGUCGUUUUCUCUGUCUGUUCACCCACAAGGCAUUUUGCGCGCUCGCGCUUCCUCGCAUUCCUUGAAACGCUGACAAUGGCGACGCUGUUGUUCCUUAAUAUGCGAUGAAUCUCAGACUUGUGCAGUGAUAAGAGUGAAGUGUGAAAAGGAUAUUUUUGUUGAAAAGUGAAAGAGCCCUCCAGAAUGCCCACCACAGGACUCGCCAAGAUAGGAGUGCAGGACCACAGGAAUCUGAUUGAGUGGUCCGAGGCGAACAACAAUACGCUCUCCAAUGCGGACGCCCUUCCGAUCGAUAUGCGCUUCAAUGAUGGACACAUCCUGUCCAUCUUUGGCUACAGCUUCCUCAUGGUGGCGUCCACCAUUGGUAACGUGACGGUUCUGGUGCUGCUCAUCCGGAAGCGCCUCAAGGCCUCCUCACGCAUCGACGCCAUGCUGAUGCACCUGGCCAUCGCCGAUCUGCUGGUCACGUUCCUGCUCAUGCCUCUGGAGAUCGCUUGGGCGUACACAGUCCAGUGGUAUGGCGGAGAUUUGCUCUGUCGCGUCAUGUCCUUCUUCCGCACUUUCGGACUCUAUCUCUCUGGCUUUGUCCUGGUGUGCAUCUCACUGGAUAGAUACUACGCGAUCCUGCGGCCGCUCAACUUCUCGGGCAUUGAUCGUCGCGGGCGCGUGAUGCUGCUCACGGCGUGGGUGAUGUCCGUGGUGUGCAGCGCCCCGCAGGCCUACAUCUUCCACGUGGAGGUGCACCCCAACGUGACGUGGUAUCACCAGUGCGUCACGUACCACUCCUUCGGCAACAGCCAGACGCUCGAGGUGCUCUACAGCGUCUCCACCGUCAUGUUCAUGUACGGCCUGCCUCUAGUCAUCAUCAUCUUCUGCUACGCCUCCAUCUACCUGGAGAUCUACCGGAAAACCAAGAGCACCAUCGCCGUCACUUUUCGCCGCUCCAGCAGCACAGUUCUAGGCAGAGCGAAGCGACGCACCCUCCGGAUGACCAUCACCAUCGUCAUAGUGUUCGUGGUGUGCUGGACUCCGUAUCAUAUCAUGUGCUUCUGGUACUUCAUGGAUCGCAACAAUGCCCAGAAUGUGGAUCAGCGCCUACAGAAGCUACUCUACUUGUUUGCCUGCACCAAUUCCUGCAUGAAUCCCAUCGUGUAUGGCAUCUAUAACAUCCGUCGCAAGCGCGAUCGCGUUAUCGUCAACCAGCUGAGCUCGCUGUCCAAGCGCUCCGAGGGAAGCACCCGGAAAAGUAUAUCAUGACGCCGCGCACUUGCUCAAGCAUCAGACUAACAUCCCUCCUUUCUUGCAUGCCGCCAGUGAGAUUCUGAAGGCUUCCCCGCGAGCCGCUGAAAUAAAUGUGUUGUUCACUUGCCAAGGAAAGACUUUUCUCUUCUUGUGGCCCUCCUUUAUUUCUCUUAUUCUCCUUCUUCUCACUUGCUGUCCUCCUCACCACAUUGUCAAUGUCUCUAGAGUUGGUUAUUCUUUCUCUCCUCAAAAACACCUACACGAAAGGAUUUGAUCGGAAAAUUACACAGAAAAAUUGAUAAAUUGGAACAACUCUC